AUGCCCACAAAACCGCAAAACGCGAAACAGCUACGUGCAGAGGGCGAACUGUUGGCUAAAGCCACACUGCGUAUGGCCAAAUGGCUAUCGAAAGAUUCGUCACUGAUCGGUGUGGCUGGAAGUAGAUGUCAACGCAUUGCGUGGCAUAUGUUUGCGGCAGAACAGAGCAGUUUACCUGCUCUAAGUAGUAGUGGUUAG